AUGUACAAGCUCUCGAUAUCAAAUCUGACCCUUAAUAAAAAAUACCCAAUUUUAUUCCAAAAUAACUAUAAUAUAAUCGAACAAAUCGGCGAUGGUGCUUUUUCAGUUGUAUUCAAAGCUAUAGACUUGGCCAGUCUUAAUAGCAGCAACAUUGAACCCAGCACCAAUAAUAACCCCAAUGACUACAAGAACAAACUACACGAUAACAAUUUUGUUGCAAUCAAAAUCAUAAACAAAUCACAAUUAAAUUCAAAUCAAAAAUCUUUAAUCCUCAAAGAAGUUUCAAUCUUGAAGAAACUAAAUCAUAAAAACAUUGUCAAAUUUAGAAACUUCCUACAAGAUGUCAACUACUUUUACAUAAUCCAAGAGCUUUGUCAUGGCGGCGAAAUUUUCAAUCAAAUUGUCAAUUUGACUUAUUUAUCUGAAGAUUUAUCAAGACACGUCAUCCUCCAAAUUGCUGAAGCUCUUAACUAUUUGCAUAAUGAAAUUGGUAUUGUUCAUAGAGACAUUAAACCGGAAAACCUAUUGUUUAAUCUAAUCCCUUACACUAGAAGUGAAUGUCAACAUCUUCGAAAAUCGGACGACCCAAAAGUCAAAAAAGAUGAAGGCCUAUUCAAAUACGGUUAUGGUGGAGGCACCAUCGGUAUAGUUAAAUUAGCAGACUUUGGUUUAUCGAAACAAAUUUGGGAAUUGAAAACUAAAACUCCUUGUGGUACUGUUGGAUAUGUUGCGCCUGAAAUCGUCAAGGAUGAAAAAUAUAGUAAAAAGGUGGAUUUAUGGGCAUUAGGAUGUGUGUUGUAUACGCUAUUAUGUGGGUUUCCGCCAUUUUAUGAUGAUAAAAUUGAUGUGUUGACCGUUAAGAUCAGUAAAGGAGAAUUUGAAUUUUUAAGUCCUUGGUGGGAUGAGAUUUCAAAUGGAGCUAAAAACUGUGUUAAAAACCUAUUGUCUGUCAACCCCAAACAACGAUACGAUAUUAAGCAAUUCUUUUCAGAUCCUUGGAUUGAAGAGUAUUUGCUCAAGCUACCAAAAGACUCAAAUGGAAACCUUAUUUAUGCUGUUGAUCUCGAUGGCGAGUAUAGCACUAGAUACUACUCGCCCUCAGCAAUGUUACUAAGAGACGCGUUUGAAAUAUCGGCAGCGUUGAAUAGAAUGAAUGAAGAAAAGGCCAAUAACAGAGAAAGAGAUCAAAUUAUUGAGGAGGACGAGGAUGAAGAAGAUGAGGACAUUUACGGAAAUGAUAACGGCACUAAUCAUAUUCAUAACAAAAAAAUCUCUUUUAAUAAUAUUAAUAAAAACAAUGAGCCAACGUUUGAUUUGAAAAUCGAAACGUCUACACUCUUAGAAAGAAGAAGAAAGAAGAAAACCAAUGAACCCAUUAUUAGACACGAUGUUAUAAACAAUAGAAGAAUUUUACAAGAAACAGAAGCAUUUUAG